AUGAUGGACAUGAACAAAGCCGACAAAUUGGCCGCCGUCUUUGGAGGCCACGCAAAGAGCGAGGACGAACGGGACAUGGCACGGCAAGAACUGGUUGACUUUUUUGGGGAAGCCAUCUGUUCUGCCACCGGGGCGAACAUGAUGAUGGCAUCGCGAUUGGGCGAGCAACUGCAAAAAUGGGGAGAACACCACAACAGCGGCGUAGACAAGGACCUGGGCGCGUACGUAAAGCACCAGGCGCAUCACUGGUUGUACCAGAUAAAGGAAGAUCCUCUUGUCUAUUCCGAUCUUCGUAUGCGCCUAAUGUCAGGCACCGCCUACAUUGUCGAAAAUAUCAUGGCGCGUCUGUAUGAUCAAUACGGACUCGAAAAGAGCAAUCCUGGUAUCGAUGGAGCAUUCAUUGGCAUAGUCAACGGCACGAUAUACGACCACCACGGCAUGGACCGAUGGAUCAGCCGAACCAGCGGUGAAAUCGUGGAUCGGUACCACGUCGUGUUGGAAUUGGCCAAGCAUGGCGUUAACACCCUUUUCCCGUUCACGGCGACGUCCCCCGCACAUGUCAUGGAUGCUCUCUCCCGCUCGCUUGUGCUCGCGUCCAGCACGGCGGAUGACAUUGCAUCCAGCGAAUUCUUUGUCGAUCAAUUGCCCGUCUAUCUUUACAAGCAAAUCUUGCGCGGUCCGGUGUCGUCGCGUCGUACACUGGAUGAUUUGAAGGGGGCCAUCGAUGAACUCGUGCCCCUGUUUGAUCGUGCACACCAGGAGAACGUGCGCAAUCGCGCUCUCAAAGUGCUGGGUUAUGUGAAUCAAACAAUCGAGUGCAUGGAGAAUGCACUUGACAACGCAGAUGCACUUGCAAAUUACAAAAUUAUCAAUUGA